AGUCCGGUCCCUGCUCAUGACUGGAGAGCAGGCCACAGGAGACCGGCUCAGCAGCCGCUUCUGAACGCCCAUGCUCGCGAUGCUGCUGUUGGUGUCGGUGGUCGCAGCGUUAGCACUCGCAGCACCGGCCCCCAGAACACAGAAGAAAAGGCUGCAAGUGAACCAUGCGCCCAACGUGGUGCUGGUCGCCAGUGACUCCUUCGAUGGAAGACUAACAUUUCAACCAGGAAGUCAGGUAGUAAAACUUCCCUUCAUUAACCUCAUGAGAGCACAUGGCACCACCUUCCUAAAUGCCUACACUAAUUCUCCCAUCUGCUGUCCAUCACGUGCAGCAAUGUGGAGUGGCCUCUUCACUCACUUGACAGAAUCAUGGAAUAAUUUUAAGGGUCUGGAUCCAAAUUAUACAACAUGGAUGGACAUCAUGGAGAAGCAUGGCUAUCAGACACAGAAAUUUGGAAAAGUGGACUAUACUUCAGGACAUCAUUCCGUUAGUAACCGUGUGGAAGCAUGGACAAGAGAAGUUGCAUUCUUGCUCCGACAAGAAGGCAGGCCUGUAGUUAAUCUUAUCCCUGAUAAGAAAAGAAGGAGAGUGAUGGCCAAGGACUGGCAGAAUACAGACAAAGCAAUCGAAUGGCUAAGACAGGUUAACUACACCAAACCAUUUGUCCUUUACUUGGGAUUGAAUUUGCCACACCCUUACCCUUCACCAUCUUCAGGAGAAAACUUUGGCUCUUCUACGUUUCACACUUCUCUUUACUGGCUUGAAAAGGUAGCUUAUGAUGCAAUCAAAAUCCCAAAGUGGUUGGCUUUGUCACAAAUGCACCCUGUGGAUUAUUACUCCUCCUAUACAAAAAACUGCACUGGGAAGUUUACUGAAAAUGAAAUUAUGAACAUUAGAGCAUUUUAUUAUGCUAUGUGUGCUGAGACAGAUGCCAUGCUAGGUGAAAUUAUUUUGGCUCUUCACAAGUUAGAUCUUCUUCAGAAAACUAUUGUUAUAUAUACUUCAGACCAUGGAGAGAUGGCUAUGGAACACCGACAGUUUUAUAAAAUGAGUAUGUAUGAAGCUAGUGUCCAUGUUCCUUUUCUGAUGAUGGGACCAGGAAUUAAGGCCAACCUACAAGUACCAAGUGUUGUUUCUCUUGUGGAUAUCUACCCUACUAUGCUUGACAUUGCUGGGAUUGCUCUGCCUCCAAAUCUGAGUGGAUACUCCUUGUUGACACUGUUGUCGAAUGCAUCUGCAAAUGAACAGGCAUUCAAAUUCCACCAUCCACCUUGGAUUCUGAGUGAAUUCCAUGGAUGCAAUGCAAAUGCUUCUACCUACAUGCUACGAACUGGCCAGUGGAAGUACAUAGCCUACUCUGAUGGUGCUUCCGUGCAGCCUCAGCUCUUCGAUCUUUCCUUGGAUCCGGAUGAGCUAACAAACAUUGCUACAGAAUUUCCAGAAAUUACUUAUUCUUUAGACCAGAAGCUUCGUUCUAUUAUAAACUACCCUGAAGUAUCUGCUUCUGUCCAUCGAUACAAUAAAGAACAGUUUAUCAUGUGGAAGCAAAGUGUAGGGCAAAAUUACUCAAAUGUUAUAGCACACCUUAGAUGGCAUCAAGAUUGGCAAAAAGAUCCACGGAAGUAUGAAAAUGCAAUCCAGCGUUGGCUCAUAGCCCAGUCCAGUCCACCCCAUACACCACCCACUCCAACCCACCAGUGGUUCAUGGCCUACCCUUCUCCAGUAGCAGUAGACAAUAAUAAAACUUUCUCAAGCUAUAUAUGAAUGAAUAUGUUGGUACAUAUUAAACUGAAGCAGCCUUAACAAUUGUUAAAAUUACUUAUUUUCAAAAUAUGUGCUAUAUAUUAUGUGCCAAUGAAUACAGAACUCAUAUUUUCAAAACUAGUUAUACUAAGACAUUAUUGUUGCAGACCUCUGACAGUUUAACAUCAGAAGUAUUUAAAGAAUAGAAGCAAGCAUUCUUAUUGUUUCCUUGGAUAAUACAGAAUAUGAAAUAUUUUAACAACUGUCAGUUGUUAUUUAUGAAUCAUGAUGUUUCAUGACUGACUAGUUUUUUGGUAAAACUCUUUGGAAGUAUUUGAUGUGUUACAACUAUUUAAUGUGACAUAGACUCUGAAUAUAGUUGAUUUUAUUUUCUGUUGUUUAAAAAGAGGGAAAAAAAAAAAAGAAUAUGAAGCCCCCUUCCUUUCCUGGUUAACUUCCUCCAAAGGGCAACCACAAUCACCUUGCUUGUAUCUUUUUGUGGGCAAGCUAUACAUUAAUCACCAACCUAAUGGAUAUAUUCUUUACACACGCAGGCAUACACACAACUGAUAAUGUGCUAGUUAGUGCUUCUUUUGGCAUAUUGUGUUCUGGCUGUUAUUUUCUAGUUCUAAUUAACAAUAGAUGCUGAGGAGUAAAAUUACUGAACCAGGACCUAUAAAAAUGUCUGUAGGUUUUCCCAAGUUGUUUCUAAAGAAGUGCCAGCUGUUGGCAUUCCCACCAAUAGGUAGCAAAUAUUUUAUUUUUAUUUAUUGUGAGUACUGACUUUUUUUCAUAGAUCUAAUAACCACUAAAAUUUGCAUCAGAAUGACUUUCCCUGUGUCUGUUGGCUAUUUUCUCUAUAGGUAGUUAGCAUUGUUUUUUUCUGUUUUUAGAUAUGUAUGUUUUUAGAUAUUAGCCUUUUGAAAAGCAAAAGAGAAAAAAAGGACUUGUUACUCAUCAGAGGACUAAGAUCCAAUUAUUGGCACCCAUACAGUGGCUCACAACUUGUGUGUAACUC